AUGGAGUCUGUUCAUCAUGUAUCAACGUCGUCGAAGAUCCUGUUCGGCAAAGUCCGCAAGAUGGUGCCGCCAAUGCUCGAGAAAUUUCAUAAAGGUUUGUUGUCAUACGUCCAGGGCUCUGCGAUCAGCAACAUCUCGGUCCCGAGGAGCUCUUCUGUGAGCAACUAUACCGGAGCUCCAUACUUCUCUGCGAUAGCAUCAGCAAAGCUAGGCUGUGAUAUGAGUCAUGUGCUCUGUGAGCGCUCUGCUGCACCGGUUGUCAAAAGCUAUUCUCCAAACUUGAUGGUUCACCCAAUACUGCCAAGCACCGACUCAGUCAAGGAUCCCAAUUCAAUCAAUGCACCCGAACUGGCGGGCCCUAUUAUCUCAAUGCUCUCCCGUCUGCAUUCACUGGUCAUCGGACCAGGCCUCGGCCGUGACGGAGUCACGCUGAAAGUUGUCGCAGAAGUCAUCAAGGAAGCACGAUCACGGUCUAUCCCAUUCGUGCUGGACGCCGAUGGGUUGCUUAUUGUCACCGAAGAUCCAGAUUUGGUCAAAGGAUACAAGGAGUGUAUUCUGACACCGAAUGUGGUCGAGUUUGGGCGCCUUGCAAAAGCACUGGGCAUCGAAGUUAAGAGCCAGGCAGACAUUGUUGGCGACAGCGACAAAACAAGCAAAGAGUCAGAAGCCUGUGAGCGGCUGUCGAGGGCUCUGGGUGGCGUGACUAUUCUUCAAAAAGGACCGCAUGAUGUGAUCUCCAACGGGGUCACCAGUAUUAUCUCGGAUAUCAAAGGUGGUCUGAAACGCAGCGGUGGUCAGGGAGAUACCCUGACGGGCUCUUUGGGAACGAUGCUGGCAUGGAGAGAGGCUUACCACAAUAAACUAUGGGACUCGGGCGAGAAGGACAAUGAGAAGGAGGCACAGAAUAAGGAGGAUGUACAGGCUGAGUUGGAGUCUGAGGACAUGCGCAUGUCCCCGACGACUACUCUGCUUCUUGCUGCCUGGGCGGGCAGCUGUAUCACCCGAGAGUGCUCCCGAAGGGCGUUUGAGGCUAAGGGGCGGAGUAUGCAGGCCAGCGACUUGACCGAUGAGGUACAUCCCAGCUUCCUACGACUGAUUGGUGAGCCCGAAGGCUCCAAGACACAUCUUUAG